AACGACAUUAAAUAAGCUCCAUUUUCUUGGUGGCGCACCGUGCAAUAAGAUAGACAUGGUUGAAAAUUCAUUUGCCGUGGGCGCGUUUGAGACAUCCGGAAGUGUUUGACACUUAGCGAAAAAUCGAUAAUUUUUUCAAUCAUCCCAUCAUCGGCAAGCAAUGUCAAGAUAGUUGUUGGGGAGGGCACGACGGAGCUUCACCGGGUGUGAAUGGUGAAAGGGAGGCUUGCAUUGGUCGCGUCUGUGUUUGUGUGAAGUGCGAAAAAUUAUAGUACAGUACCGGUUGCGUUGGCGGGCAAUAAGUGUAUGGGAUAGGAAAUUUUAUGGCAACCACGCGAAACGGACGACCGCGUGGUAAAGUGUAAACAAAUGGCACGUGGAUUUUUUGUUAUUUAUCUAAGAAUGCUUUGCAUUUUUUUCUAGUUUAGUAUGAUUUGGGACGUUAGUGUAUGAUACGAAAGCAGUGCAUUAAAAUAAACGCAGGGGCAUUCUACGUAUAUUUAUAGAUGCUUGUACAACCUAGGAAUCUAGCAUUUUCAUAUCUUCAUAAUCUUCAUGUUUUCAUAUUUUUACUUUCUUUCCUUCGAAGUUUUGUAAUCGAGCGAGGCAAGAACAUGGAAGCAGCAGUAUUCGAAUCUCAUCGCCGUGUCUCCACAUUUCCCAAAAGACCAGCUGCUACUUCAACAGUAUUACAACGAGAACGAGAAGCAAUCGUCGUAGACAAACGUACCCCUUUUUUCACACCACUCUUCGUAACUGUGUGCCGAGCAUACAACCCACUCAGCCAUGGGAAAGGAACUUAUGAACAGUAGCAACUUCUGUCAGCAGCUUGGCGCAACUUUGGUUCGUAAUUUCAAGCUGAAAAUCAGAGACUCGCGAAAAACGAUAGCGGAAGUAUUCCUGCCCCUCUACACACUGGGUACUCUGAUUGUACUGAAAAUUCUCAUACCGAAUCCAAAUUUUCCCGCUAUCACGGAGCCGCGCGGUGCAGCAACACUGUUCGAACAUUUUCAGCACCAUAAAGCCCAUACCAUUGCCGUGCUACCGCAGCCAAACUCGUCUACUACGAUUCCCUUUCUGAGUGAGGUGAACGAACUAUGGAUGUCGAAUCGACGGCACCAACCAGGCAUACAUCCUAUCAAGUGGAUGGUGUAUGAAUCGCCGGAAGAAUUGCUAGCAGCCUACUGGCGCGACCCGAGCAAGAUGCCCUUGGCGCUGAUAUUCCACACGGAUGACCCGUUGUUCGGUCCGCUGAGGUACGAAAUACGCACGAAUCCAUCGUUUUUUGUGACACCCUCAACGACGGAGCUGUACUCCUCUCUGGUAACGUGCAGACAAUCGGAUAGCUACUGGUCGGCGGUAAUACCGAUCGAAACCGGUGAUUCCUGCCCGGUGAACCAGUACUACUAUUCGGGCUUUAUUGCGCUACAAACUCUGCUCGAUUACACCAAGAUCCGGAUCGUGACGCAAAAUGAAGAACUGCAGAUACCUCAUAUUACGCUAGAGAUGUUUCCCAAGGAAGCCUACACUGGCAAUUGGAUGGUCGCAUUUAGGCUGGUCAUUCCGAUCUACAUGGUGAUGGCUUUGUCGCAAUUCAUUACAUAUCUGCUGAUCCUGAUCGUCGGCGAGAAGGAGAACCACAUAAAGGAAGGAUUAAAGAUUAUGGGGCUGCGAGAUUCCGUCUUUUGGUGCGGUUGGUUCAUCAUUUACGCGGUCUUUGUAACAUUUCUGAGCUUUGUAUCCGUAAUUCUCGUGUUUUCAUUGGGAGUUUUUCAGCAUACCAACUACCUGCCCGUGUUUAUCCUUAUUCUGUUAUACAGCUUUUCGGUUAUUCUGAUUGGCUUUAUGAUAACACCGUUCUUUGACAAUUCGCGGACCGCUGGCAUACUUGGCAAUUUUGCGGUGAAUAUUAUGUCGCUGUUGUAUUUUUUGCAAGUUUUCAUCGACGAUACGCAUACCUCGGCAGCAUUAUGGACAGUGUCACUUAUUUCUCCAACGGGAUUUGCACUAGCAAUGGAUAAAAUACUCGUGCUCGACAUAUCUGGACAGGGUGUAACGCUGCACAACCUCUGGACUGGACCCGGCAUCCCAAUCGGUGGUUCCAUCCUGAUGCUCGUUGUGGAUAUUUUGUUGUACGCUGCACUGGCGUUCUAUUUCGACUGUGUGAUUCCAUCGGAUCAUGGUACGAAGCAGAGGCCUUGCUUCUGCUUUAACCGGAACUACUGGUGCAAGAAAAAAGUGCCAAAAGUACCGCUGUUAAAUGGCGAGUCGGCCAAUUCGUUCAACAAUGCGCUCGAGGAUCAGGCACGCGAUGUGGAACCAGUGUCUCGGGAGAUGCGCGGAAAGGAAGCAAUCCGCAUAGUGGAUCUGUACAAGACGUUUCACUCAUGUCGUAAACCGGCAGUGAAUGCCGUCAACGGUAUUAACCUUACAAUCUACGAAGGACAGAUAACGGCUAUACUCGGCCAUAACGGGGCAGGCAAGAGUACGCUGUUUAAUAUUCUUACUGGACUGACGUCACCCACUUCCGGUACAAUAUACAUCUUCGGGUAUGAUGUGCGCGAUCCCAAUGAUAUGACCAUGAUCCGGCGCAUGACGGGAGUGUGCCCGCAGCACGACAUACUGUUCGAAACGCUUACGCCCAAAGAACACUUGUACUUCUUCGCGGCCGUCCGUGGUAUUCCGCCAUCACUGGUUGACAGUGAAGUGAAAAAAACGCUGCGUGAUAUCGACUUGUUCGAUACGGCAGAGACGAGAGUGAAGCAUCUGAGCGGUGGUCAGAAACGGAAGCUUUCCGUCGGCAUAGCCAUCAUUGGUGAUCCUAAAAUUAUCAUUCUAGACGAACCUACGGCCGGUGUCGAUCCGUACUCGCGGCGGCACAUGUGGUCGAUUCUGCAAAAUCGCAAGCACGGAAAGGUGAUCCUUCUGACGACGCACUUUAUGGAUGAAGCAGACAUUCUGGCAGAGCGAAAGGCCGUUGUCUCCCGCGGGCGACUGCGUUGCUGCGGUUCGUCCCUCUUUCUGAAGAACAAGUUCGGCAUCGGUUAUCAUUUGACGCUGGUAUUGGAUACCAAUGCCUGUGAAACGUCCAUCACGAAGCUGGUUAACGAUCACGUUCCGCAAGCAGAGAAAGCCCGUAGACACGGGCGAGAACUGAGCUAUAUCCUGCCACACGACGCGGUGAACUCUUUCGUAUCUCUGUUCGAUGAUAUCGAAAAGGAGAUUAAAACUAAACGAAUGAUGCUUGGCAUUUGCUCGUACGGGGUGUCAAUGACAACGCUGGAAGAGGUGUUUCUACACCUAGAAACGCAGCGAGAAGGUGAACAGAAGGCCGGUACCACUGGAGAAGGCGAAGACGAGGAAGGAGAAGGUGAGGAGGACGAAGAAGAUGGACAAGCGGCGGGAUACCCGGUGUCGGAAAAUUUGAGCCGCAAAGUGAUGAAAACUCGCGGUCUCCCCAGAAGUUUGUCGCUGCAGGAACGCAGUAACAGCUAUCAGUCGUUAAAGAAUGACACCAAAACCCUACUCGACGAACAAAACACCGAUAAUAAAGCGUCCCUGCAAGAUAAUCGUAUGCAGUUUGACACGAUCAUUCCCAUCAACGGGCUUGGAUCGGACGGGGUUAGUCAGGGAACGGCUGGGUCCGGAACGCACCCGGUGUCGAUGGGUGGGGGUGGCGUUGGCUGUGGGCAAAACUCCACCGUUAAUUCUCCACAAGUUCAACGAAUUCACCGUAAGAAACAUCAUCGUUCCUCGCGAAAUGGAGUUAGCAAAAGUACCAAGAGCGUCUAUGAGGACCAGACGCAAACGCAUGGCUCAGCUUCGGCAGUGAAGCUCAAUAGUCAAAAUCGAACUAACUGGAUGGAUCUGGACGACAUUCCACUUUACCCAUCGAGAUGGAGUACAAUCGGGGCUUUACUAAAGUUACGACUGACGAUUCUUUUUCGUGAUAUUCAGCGGUUGUAUCUGCUGAUAAUACUUCCGUUGGCAUUCACUGCCUUGGGACUGUACUUGAACUCGAUACAAGUGUUGUCUCCGAUCAUGCGUUCCAUUUUGCUAGAUAAUACUACCUACGGGAGCAACAUCACCAAGAUCGCCGUACACGAUAAUACAAAUCCUGCGGUAUGGUCUCAUGCAGCCUAUCUUUAUCACCAUCACCAUCAGCCCAAGCAGCAGAAGCGUGAAUCACAGAAGCAUUAUGAUCCGAUACCACCGUUUCUGCAUCAGAAGCACCACCAGCAGCAACAACAGUCGAAGGAAGCGGCUCAUUUGUAUCGUCGCUUCCUGUCGGAAUUGCACCGAUCGGCUAAUGUGACGGAGGAUUUCAGUGGAAACUUUUCCUCGCUACUGGACAUUGCCCCUCAUAUGGCCGCAUUCAAUGUGAAUGUUAUAUCCUGGUCUAAUGUAUCCAUCACCACUCUAUACAACGAUACCACUCAGCAUAGCUUACCGAUCAUCCUGAAUCUAAUCAGCAACACGCUUUUGCGCGUGUAUGCCGAACUUUCGCCGGCAACUAUUAACUCUCAGCAUCUGCUGUAUCAGCGUGCCGGUGGUGGUCGGAAAGGCCCAGCACCAACGUCUAAUGCGCAGUCAGCGUUUGACUACCAAGACGACGCCGCGGAUGGCGAAACUCUGGAUGAUAUUGCAUUUCAACCCUUACCUUCGAGCACAAGUUUUAGCACGACCUCAUCAACAUCUGGUUCCGCGGCUCCAGAUCGUGCUUCUACCGAUUCCAUAUUGCGAAUUGAGUUGUGGUCCCAUCCGUUCCAGCAAACAGCUCAACCGCAGGAGUUCAAUAUAGGCACGUUUUCGUCCGCCCUUUUUGUGGGCAUGAUCUUUGUACUGAUUCCCGUCUCACUAGCCGUUGACAUGGUGUACGAUCGUGAGAUGAAAGCCAAAAAUCAACUGCGCGUGAAUGGGCUUUCCUCGUCCUUGUACCUUUCGGCGUACUUUAUCGUGCUUUCUGGUCUGAUGCUAGUUAUUUGUGCCGCAUUGCUUGGACUAGUGUUUAUAUUCGAUAUUCCUUCAUUCCGACAGCCACCAGCCCUUAUUACUCUGGGAAUGUUGGUGUUUCUUUACUCACCGGCUGGUAUUUUGUGUUCAACGUGUUUCUCCUACUUUUUUGAUCGUACUGAUUCAGCCCAAUCGAUUCUACCAAACAUACUAACGUUUGUAGGAUUGAUUCCGUUCAUAUUGGUUGUGUUCCUGGAUAUGUUGGGUAUUGAGGUGAAGGCAGCGAUUGCACUACAUUAUGUUUUUUCCUUGAUCAACCCAAUGUACAUACCGUACGCAACGGUAUACUUUGUCGAUCGGGUAUAUAUUGCUUGUCGGCUAAGUUCCGCAUGUGCAGAGCUUUCAAUGGCCCACUACAUGACUGAGGAGGUGAUUGUGAUGGCAUGCGGGUGCCUUUUGCACAUUCCUAUUUGGGCGUUCUGUUUGCGGGUAUCUGAUGUGAUGAAAAGUGGCGGUCGUAUGCGGGACCUAUUUCAUCGUUCAGCGAGCGAAGAGGACGUUAUGACUGAAGAGCAAUGCACUGGGGAGUAUGAAGAUGAAGACGUUCGCAAUGAGCGAAGUCGCGUGUUUCGGCUUACAUCGAACCCACAGCAAUCGCAACAGGAGGAAGGUCCGUUGGCUCAGCCUGUAGUGUUGGUAAAGAGCCUUCGUAAAGAGUUCUCACAGGAAUCUUUGUGUGGCAACUGUUGCUGCUGUGCGGAUGAUGAGCUACCAAAGAAAAAGGUUUCCGUGCGAAGUCUUUCAAUCGGAGUGGACGCAGGGGAGGUACUGGGUUUGCUCGGACACAAUGGUGCCGGCAAAACGACCACCAUGAAGAUCAUGACAGGUGAAACGGCUCCAACGCGUGGCACGGUGCGUGUUGCUGGUCACAGUAUCACUAUCAAUCAAGACGACGCAUUCAAGACAUUGGGCUAUUGUCCUCAGCACGACGCUCUGUGGAAGAACGUUACUGUUCGUGAACAUCUAGAAUUGUAUGCCCGCAUUCGAGGCGUGCGUGGCAAAGAUUUGAAUAGAUUGAUAUCGACGUAUCUCACGGGAUUGCACAUAAACGAGCAUGCUAAUAAGCAAACCCAACACUGUUCCGGCGGUACUAGGCGUAAACUUAGCUAUGCUAUGGCAAUGGUCGGUGCUCCAAAAGUAGUUCUACUAGAUGAACCGUCAACUGGGAUGGAUCCGAAGUCGAAAAGAUUCCUGUGGGACACUAUCCUUGCAAGUUUCCACGGAAAACGUUGCGCGAUGCUGACAACACAUUCGAUGGAAGAAGCUGACGCUCUAUGUUCGCGCGUAGGAAUCAUGGUCAAAGGAGAGCUAAGAUGUCUCGGGUCGACGCAACACCUGAAAAAUCUAUACGGAGCUGGUUACACGCUUGAGAUUAAGUUGAAGCACAUAGAAAAUGUGUACAGUGAGACACCAAUCGAAAGCCAACCGAGCAGCAGCCAGGAGCAGCUGCAACUCGACCAAAGUACGGACCACAUUGCACCGGUUAUCAGCAACUGCAUUGACAAUCGUUCGAUGGCGUUGCGCAACUUUGUAACAGAUCUAUUUCCGAGUGCCACCUUGGAAGAGAGUUUCGCCGAUCGGCUAGUAUACUCGGUACCGCAACAAGCCGUCAGUUCCUUAGCUGAAUGUUUUUCGAGGCUCGAAAAAGCCAAGACCGAGCUAGACAUAGAGGAAUAUUCAUUCAGCCAAACAACACUAGAGCAAGUGUUCUUAAAGUUUGCCCACUACGACGAGGAAACGUCCAGUGUGCAGUAAGAUCAUACCGAUCACGAUCCUAGAUCAUCAGCGAGAAAAUUAUCCUUUUGAAUUGUCCUUCAGAAGCAUCAUUUGGUAAAACCCCUACUCUAUGGUGUUGCGCGUGUGUUAAUAAUAUCACCCUUAAAACCGUCACUUUGCAAAUAAUGAUUGGAAGUGGCUGCCUGUGUGCAUGUAUAGGACGCCUGGUAAGCUGAAACAGUUGUCUAGGAAAGUCGCAGCAAUUGAGCAUGCAAAAUAAAACAAGUGUAGUUAAUUAAAAACAUAAACCUAGGGCGCGGAAAACAUGCAUAUAGUGCAUUGCGAAGAAGUAAGAGAGUUCGGUUAAAGUAAAACCAUUUGUGCAAUAGUUUCGUGAGACAGAAGGGGUAUCUGAAGCAACUAGACUAUACACAAAAUGAUUGUAAUGUAAUGACAAAAAAAUCGAAAAAGCAGACUGGUGAUGCAGGUCAGAUAAGGAUGGUGAACACGAAAGUAAAACUCAUUAACAUAAGCAUUAAAAUACACUCACACAAAUUAGACAGCAAAAAGAGAAAAGAGGGGAAAAAGGUUAGUAAAAUAUAACAAUAAGUUGAAACCAAACCACUUCACAGUAAACGAAAACGGUGCUGUUUUUGUGAAGCAGCUGAUGCGUCUUCUCUGUAUGCAAGUUUUUGCUGAGGAAUCUUUUAGAUUUAAAUUGAAUUUAAAACAAACCUAGUCAAAACCCUUAAAGAACAAGCAAGCGAAAACGCAAACAUGCUAUAGCGGGCAAGUGAAUUAAACAAUAAGUUAAGUAAGCUGAUGUGUAAGUGUAAGGCAGGAAACGAAAAACAAUCUGAUACAGAUGUCAAAACACUGCAAACCAUGAUACUGGUUAAAAUAAUGCAUGAAACGAUGUGCAAUGGAAUUUUAGUGCGAGCUAAAAAAGAGAACCCAAAACCAAUACGGUGAUUGCAUUGGAUGCGCAUAAUCAUAACACGAAGGUUGAUGCAGAUGGAAUUCAUCUUUUGCGGAAGUUAUCACAUGUAGGAUGCAAAAUCUGGACAAAGGAAACAGAAACACAUUUGACAAAGAAAUUUGACUUGAAAACUGUGAUUAAAGUCGAAAUUGUGGAAAUAUUGGUUUGGCAGGACAAAAAAGACACGGAAAAAUAGAUAAAUAAUAAUAAUAAUAAUAAAAAUAAUGAUAAAUGGUUAAUAACUAAAAUUACACUCAUAACUUCCUUGUCGCCAACGAG